GCGACAGCUACCGCCCCUUUGAGAAGACGCGAAGGUGGUUCAUAGUCACUCAUAUUUCCGCACCACUUUGCUCUCCCCUCUGCAACCUAGGCAGUGGUGUCCCCAGAGUCCUCAGACCCCUUUCCCCCCUUCCCCUCCCCCCACUUUCCUCUCAAACGCUUCCUGAAUCUGUCAGAAUCGAGGAUUCCGUCCUCUGGUGCCAGCUUAUCCUCCCUUCCUCAUUUUUUCUACCCUCUUCUAAGAGUGCUCCAGGGGUCAUUGUCAGAGGCGGCCUUUUGAGAAGUCUCUGUGAAGUAGUGGACCAGAGCCGGUCCCGUUUUUAAAAGUCGGAGCUCAGAAAGACAGGAAGAUACGAUGGCUUCCUCAUCUGGCAACGAUGAUGAUCUCACUAUCCCCAGAGCUGCUAUCAAUAAGAUGAUCAAAGAGACUCUUCCCAAUGUCCGGGUGGCCAACGAUGCCCGAGAGCUGGUGGUGAACUGCUGCACUGAAUUCAUUCACCUUAUAUCAUCUGAAGCCAAUGAGAUUUGCAACAAAUCAGAAAAGAAGACUAUCUCACCAGAGCAUGUCAUACAAGCACUAGAAAGUUUGGGCUUUGGCUCUUACAUCAGUGAAGUAAAAGAAGUCUUACAAGAAUGCAAGACAGUAGCAUUGAAAAGAAGAAAGGCCAAUUCUCGUUUGGAAAACCUUGGCAUUCCUGAAGAAGAGUUAUUGAGACAACAACAGGAAUUAUUUGCAAAAGCUCGACAGCAGCAAGCAGAAUUGGCCCAACAGGAAUGGCUUCAAAUGCAGCAAGCUGCCCAGCAAGCACAGCUUGCUGCUGCCUCAGCCAGUGCAUCUAAUCAGGCAGGAUCUUCUCAAGAUGAAGAAGAUGAUGAUGAUAUCUGAAAUUCACCAGCUGAGUUUCUGUUUCCUCUAUAAAUUUUUUUCUUGCACAACAAAACAGUGAAAGAAAUGCUUAUCUGUAAUUUUGUGUGCAUCUUGAUGGACUCACCAUUGGUAUUCUAGGGAUGUCUACUAAGUUUCAUCUGUUGUGUGCUAUACAUGUAAAAACUGUCUCUUUGAACUGUUGAAAAUAUAAGGUUCAAUAUAAUAUCAAUUUUGAAUUUUUAAAGGUGUUUAUGAAAUUUUAGAUAGCAGUGAGCCCUUUAUUUGAUCAAUAAACAGUGUUACAGA